AUCAUGGCGGAGACUGCUCCUGUUGCCGUGCCUGCUGCUGUCCCGGUCCCUGCCGCCAAAGCUGCGGCCAAGAAACCGAAGAAGGCGACCGGUGGCUCUAGAGUCCGGAAGGCCGCGGGCCCUAGCGUUACCGAGCUGAUCACCAACGCUGUGUCCGCCUCCAAGGAGCGCAAGGGACUCUCUCUCGCCGCGCUCAAGAAGACGCUGGCUGCUGGUGGCUACGAUGUGGAGAAGAACAACAGCCGCAUCAAGCUGGGGCUCAAGAGCCUCGUCAACAAAGGUACCCUGGUGCAGACUAAAGGCAUUGGUGCGUCUGGUUCUUUCCGUCUCAGUAAGAAGCCGGGAGAAGUGAAAGAAAAAGCUCUGAAAAAGCGAGCAGCUGUGGCCAAGCCCAAGAAGCCGGCAGCUAAGAAACCUGCCAGCGCCGCUAAGAAGCCCAAGAAAGCGGUGACAGCGAAGAAGAGCCCCAAGAAAGUGAAGAAGCCUGCGGCUGCUUCCGCCAAAAAGGCGGCCAAGAGUCCCAAAAAGGCGACUAAGGUUGCUAAGCCCAAGAAGGCGGCGGCAGCAGCUAAGAGUCCAGCCAAGGCGAAAGCGGUGAAGCCCAAAGCAGCUAAGCCCAAGGCGACUAAGCCUAAAGCAGCCAAGGCGAAAAGGGCGGCGCUCAAGAAGAAGUAA